CCUGUGCGGCCCGGCCUCCCCGUACCCCUCUCCUCCCCCCUGGCAGGGCUCACCCGGCCUAUCCGCAUCAAGGAGCCUCCGAAGCCCAAGCAGGUGGAUCGGUGGACGGAAAAACGGGCCUUGUUCGGCGUCUACGACAACGUGGGGAUUCUGGGUGGCUUCCAGAUCCAUCCAAAGAACCUCAUCGUCGGGCCCAAGUGGCUGAAAGGCUGGCGGGGGAACGAGCUGCAGAGGUGCAUCCGCAAGAAGCAGAUGGUGGGCGAUCGGAUGUUUGUAGAAGACUACCACAAACUCAGCAAGAGGAUUCGGUACUUGUACAAGCGCUUCAAUCGUACUGGGAAGCACCGCUAG